CAACCCCAGGCGUGGUCGCGGAGUGUGGGUGGCGCUGUGGCACGGAGUGGGAGUUGUGUGACUGCUCCUGUGGAGCGACGGCGGUUCUGAAAGCCGUCGCCCGCGCCUCGGCUGAGCACGACUCCCCAUGCUGCUCCUCUUCGUUGCUAACGCGUGCACGUUCAGCAUGUGGCAGGUCCUUGAUGCGCCGCCACAGCACGCUUGGAAGACGAUCUUCGGCGCCAGCGGCCAGCGAGGCGAGUACAUGGACGGCUACUCCUCCAAUGCGAUGGAGGAACGGUGCGUCGAGGACUACAAGUGGGCCACCAAGAUGGGCCCUCCCUCCUCUCCAGACGCCUCCUUCGCAGCGGAGCGCGCCAGCAUGAUGUCCUACCUCUACGACAGCGACGAGCUAUGGCCGCACACGUGCAUGAUCGCCUUUGCGGAGCACUACGUCGAUGACGACGACCUCCGUCGGCCGUUCCGAACGGUCCAGCGGCGCAAGGCCUUGCAGGCACCGGACAUGCCUGUCUUCAUCGGGGUGGUGCUGAGCGGCUGGCAGGAGUGCGACGAGGCCGGCAUCGAGAGCCAGCUGGCCGCCUUCAGGGACAGGGGAAUCGACUAUGUGCGGCUCGACUGCAACUUUGGCGCGGCCGACACCAUUGGGGGCGCGUCGCAGCUCACGCACGAUCCUCGGUUCGGCCGGCUGGCCGCUGCUGCCAAGGCCUGCCAGGAGCAGCAGAUGGUGCCGCUAGUGCUGCUUCAGGUGCCGUGGCGAGACGGGGCGGAGGCGUCGAGCGCGUACUUUGCGCAGGCGGUGGGCAGCUUCGCCUCCGCGCUGCGAGGCGCCGGCGUCGAGUCGAAGCGGCUGCUCCUCGAGACGAGGCCGCCCAUCGGCCUGUCGGCGCAGGAGGAGAGGGCCCUGCCAGGGACGGCGAGGGCGGCGCUGGGCUUUGAGACCGGCCGCCACAUGUUCGACGCCAUCGCUGAGGCCUUUGGAGGAGAGACCAUCGCCGGCUUUUGCGUGGCCGGCGGCUCGACCAAGGGCGACCUCCCGACGGCGAUGGAGGACGACUGCCAGAACGCGGUGCGGCAGGGCAUGCGGCAGCGCGCACGGCAGCGGUGGGGCUACGACUUGUGCUAUUGGGAGAUGGGCGCCAAGCUGAUGCUCCAACCCAAGGUGGGGCGGCUCUGGGCGUCGCAGACUCGGGCCGGGCGCGACGCGGCGCGCGAACUCUUUGUCGUCAACGCCGAGGACCUCGCCGACGAGAUCUCGGCGGUUACAUAGGAGCGCCGCUUUCAUUUUAUUUUCUGGCGGUCGAAAUUCUU